AUGCAACAUGGUAGCGUGGCCGAUCAGCUGUCCCCUGACCAGAAGUCAGAGUUCAAGGAGGCGUUCGGCCUUUUCGACAAGGACGGCGACGGCUCCAUCACUACCAAAGAGCUCGGCACUGUGAUGCGCUCACUUGGGCAGAACCCGACCGAAGAAGAGCUUCAAGAUAUGAUCAACGAGGUUGAUGCCGAUGGAAGCGGUACCGUUGAAUGCCAAGAGUUCCUUGAACUGAUGGCCAAAAAGAUCAAGGGCACUGAUUCAGAUGAGCAGCUCAAGGAAGCGUUCAGGGUGUUUGAUAAGGACCAGAAUGGCUUCAUUUCUGCCGCCGAGCUCCGUCAUGUCCUGACAAAUCUCGGCGAGAAGCUGACGGAUGAGGAGAUCGGUGAGAUGGUUCGGGAGGCUGAUUUGGAUAGAGAUGGACAGAUCAACUAUGAUGAGUUUGUGAAAGUUAUGAUGGCCAGGAGAGGACGAAGCCAGAGCAGUGGGCAUGGUAGCAUGAAUUCUUCUUCAAGGGAACACAAGGGUACUAAGAACCGCCGUACUAAACAGCGUCUACGCCAAUAUGUUGCUGCAUGUAGCAUAAUGUAA